CGAUGCUACUUCGAAUUCGUCGCCGAGAUUUCCUCUAACAUGUUCCUCAAACUAACUAUUCUAGCUGCUAAUUUCUACCAUGCUCAUAUUAAUAUUAAUAUCAUAUCAUGUCAUCUACAUGCAUAAUGCAUUGCACCUAAACAUGCCACAUACUUAAUUAUUUAUCAUUAGAUACUAAAUAAUUGAACCACUGUUACAAAAUAGCAUUGUAUAAGUCCAUGAAACGCCGUAUAUAAUGCUUUUGUUAUUAUUAUUAGCGUUGCUUCUUACGCCAUUGAGCCAUUUUCCUUUUUUCAGCAGCACUAGUUCCGUGUUUGUGUCUAAUCAAUGAUGUUGUGUUGUGCUCUGUUUUCCUCUGACUUGUAUGGUUUAGUUCCAAUAGGUUAUGAUUGCUAACAAUCAGAAUCAGAGUGUGUUGGGGAAUUAGAGAAUCUUCUUCCAUUAGCAAAAACACCGUGACUAGUUGCAGAGGGUAAAUGGUAUAUCUUAUUGUGGACUACGUACGAGGAUCCCUUUUCUUCUUUUCCGCUUUUGGGAUAGAAUGAAGGCGCAGUUUGGCAGAGAGGUAUAAAGCAAAAGCUCCAAGUGGGAAUUGUUCGAAUUUGCUUUUUCUAAGUUGAAAAGAAAACAAGGGUAGCUGAAGCCUUGAAGGUGAACAAGUGUAGUUUGGGAGGUGAGUGAUGGAGGGUGGAGGAAGAGAAGGUUACAAUGGAAUUGUGAUGACGAUGACACGAGACCCAAAGCCGAGGCUACGGUGGACGGCAGAUCUUCAUGACCGCUUUGUGGAUGCAGUCAAAAAGCUUGGUGGCCCUGAUAAGGCGACUCCCAAGUCUGUUCUGAGGUUAAUGGGCUUGAAAGGGCUGACACUAUAUCAUUUGAAGAGCCAUUUACAGAAGUAUAGACUUGGACAGCAAGCUCGGAAACAAAAUGAGGAUAUGCACAAAGAAAAUAAUAGAUGUUCGUAUGUAAAUUUUAGCAAUCGUUCUUCAGCACCUAACACCAGUUACAGAGGUGAUGAUGAAGGGGGAGAAAUCCCAAUAGCAGAAGCAAUGAGGUGUCAGAUUGAAGUUCAAAAGAGAUUGGAAGAGCAGCUAGAGGUACAGAAGAAAUUGCAGAUGAGAAUAGAGGCACAAGGGAAGUAUUUGCAAGCCAUGUUAGAGAAAGCACAGAGAAGCCUUUCCCUGGAUGGGCCAGGCAGUCUUGAAGCAUCAAGAGCUCAGUUGACUGAAUUCAACUCUGUUUUGUCAAAUUUCAUGGAAAAUAUGAAAAAAGAUAGCAAAGAAAACAUAAUAGAAGUGAGUGAUUUUUAUAGUAAGAGCCACGACUCAGCUUUCCAUUAUCAGGAAGUAGGGAGAGACCAAAAGCCCAAGGUUGAAGGGGGUUCAAUUCAAUUUGACUUAAACAUCAAAGGUAGCAAUGACCUUGUAUGUGCAGGUGGAGCUGAAAUGGAUGCCAAUAUGAUUUCAUAUAGGGUAUAAAUUUUUUGACUUGUCAUAUGUUUGACCAUUAGAUUGAAUAAUGCUAUAUAACCCACCCCUAGUUAUUCUCAAUAAUUUUCUCCUUCUCUUUUACCAGUUGAAGUUGCGUAUCAGGACAGCAUGUUAUCUCUACCUUUUAUAUAUUCUAUUGUCUACUCUUAUUUCCAAUUUUCACAAGACA